AUUGUGUACGUUGUGAUGUCAUGUGUCUUUCUUAUUGCAAGUGUUUUGUAUUGCAGUGUUCAUAUUCGUAUAGAGGAGAAACUAACUUUAGAAGCAGGUCGUGAUGGUGGACUCAACAACUUGGAAAUACUGGGAAUUAUGCGACUGAGGAUUUCUGAUUCUGCAUAUGGUCGAAUCAGACUAUUAACACAAAACAAUGACUCAAGAGGAUUUCAAUUACAGACUCAUCCCAAUGUAGACAAGAAGAGAUUUUUUAGUGACUGUAUUGUUACUCUCAAACAAGAAGGAAAGGGUUUUCCCAUCAAUAAUGAUGUGGGAGUUGUUAAAUGGAGGCUACAAACAACAGAUGAUUCACAUAUUCCACUGAUGAUCAACUGUUGGCCCAGUGAAUCUAGUGGGAAGUGUGAGGUCAACAUAGAGUAUGAACUGCAGCAUGAUGACAUGGAACUGCAAGAUGUGCAGAUAACGAUCCCAAUUCCUGGUGGGGUUGGAGCUCCUACUGUUGCUAGUUGUGAUGGUGAAUACAAGCAUGAUAGCAAGAAGAACAUAUUGACAUGGAGUCUCCCUGUUAUUGAUGAAUCGAACAAGAAUGGAAGUAUGGAAUUUGCUAUUCCUGGACGUUCAGAUGACUUCUUCCCUGUUCACGUCUGUUUUUCGUCUCCAAGGAGCUACUGUGAUAUACAGGUGUCUGAAGUUCAGCUUAUUGAGAAUGAGAAGUCUGUCAGAUUUUCCAGUGAAACAUUUCUUCUUGUUGAGCAAUACAGUAUUGUGUGAUGAGAUGGUAUACAGUCACUUUAAAUAGAGCCGGUUUGGAGUCAAAACUGUAUGAUACAUUAAUUAAACAGUUGCUUAGAGUCAUUGUGGCUUUUUGUUUCUCUGACCAGUUGAGGUGGAUGGACUGUGUUUUCGAUAUAAAUGAAGUAACUAUUGGAAAGAAA